AUGUCAGAACUCAAUUCUCCAGAACAAGUAUUAUCUUGUAGAUUGCUGAAACCUGGUGAAAUCCCUUAUGAGGACUCAUUUUUCGGAUCAAAAGGUUUACCCCAAUGUAUUCCUUUGACCACCGAACAGAUAGGUUUUGUGACAUCUGUGUUCAGUAUUGGAGGUUUAAUUGGAUCAUUUUACAUUGGAAGAGUUGGUGAUGUGUUUGGAAGGAAAAAAGCGUCCAUGCUUUAUUGUUUGGUCUAUUUUAUUGGGUCUAUUUUGAAUGGGUUAUCAGUGAAUUUCGUCACCAUGGUAAUUGGAAGAUUCAUUGCUGGGUUGGGAGCUGGUUCAGCUUUAGUUAUAACUCCAAUCUUCAUCAAUGAAAUUGCUCCUCCUGAUGUUAUGGGUUUCUUGGGUUCAAUGAAUCAAGUUUCUGUCAAUGUUGGAAUUCUCUAUACUCAAUUAUUGGGAUUAGUAUGGAGUAAUAACAACGAUUGGCGUUGGUUAUUAUUGAUGGGUGGUUUUAUUGCUCUAGUGGAUUUAGUUCUUUUGUACUUCUAUACUGAUGAAAGUCCUAGAUGGCUUUAUAGUAAUGGUCAAAGUUCCAGAGCAUUCACUACUCUCCAUCACUUGAGGGGUGGAGAUUAUUCCAUUGCAAGGUCAGAAGUGAACAAUUGGGGUAGUACGGGUAAUAACGAAGAAGAGGGUGAAAGCUUGUUAGGUAAUAAUCAAAGACAAGCAUCAGUAAACUUAGAAACUUAUCUCAGAUCACCAGAAUUCAACAAUAGUAAAAUAGUUGCUACAGGGAUUUUGAUUUUACAACAAUUCUGUGGGAUCAAUUCCAUUAUCUUCUAUGGAGUUUCAGUUUUAGUGUCUAUCUUCCCAGACUUGGCCAUAAUGAUUAAUUGCAUGAUAUCUUUAGUCAAUGUUGUCGUAACAUAUAUUGCAGCUAAUUUAGUAGAUAAAUUGGGAAGAAAACCAUUAUUAUUGACCUCGGUUUCAAUCAUGGGUGUAUCUACAGUCUUAAUGGCUUUUGGAAUUAUCUUCCUGAAUUCCAUUUCAAUCAUUGUAGGUACAUUCACAUACAUUACAUUUUUUGCUAUCGGAUUGGGACCAAUUCCUUUCUUCAUUGUGUCAGAGGUUACCCAACCAGCUGCUAAAGCAUCAGCUCAAAGUUGGGGGAUUGCUAUGAACUGGACUGCCACUUUUAUUGUUGGUUUCUUAUUCCCAAUUUUGAAGAAUUCAUGGAUUGGUGGUGGAGUAUAUUUCAUCUUCACCAUUAUGUGUGUGUUUACCUUUGGCUUUAUCAAAGCAAAAAUCCCCGAAACCAAAGGUGCCACAAGUUAUGAACAGGUUUGGAAUAUUUGA